AUGAAUAAAUGCAAUGUCUGCCAGAAACCUUGCAAGGACCGAUGUUCGAGAUGCCAACAAACAUAUUACUGUUCUAAGGCAUGCCAAAAACAAGACUAUAAAGAUCACAAGGAAAUAUGCGUAACGCAGCAACCAGCUGUUAAAGCCAUUGUACCUAAUUUCAAACGAGAUUAUGCUGAAAAAUAUCAGCGUGAAAAAAACCAAAUCCAACUCCUUGCGCAUGUGCAAGGAAACCUACAAUAUAAUGAAGAUUCCAUAGAUACGAUUUUACAAUUCAAAGACAACAAAAUAGGGAGAUGGCGUUCAUGGUCAAAGGAACUUUCAGAUUUUCUCUCAUCCCCCAGGCAAAUUGGCGACAUUUUUGCUAGAACAACAGCUAUACCAUAUUUUUCGGAUACAGGUUCAUGUGCUUUGAGCUUUAGUAAUACGCAUAAGCAAAGCCUAUCACUUAAUCAAGGUAAAGUUCAUGUUGCUGUCGGAUUUGUAGAUUUAGAUUUACUUUUACAAGCUACAAUUGUACAAAAUGAGAAUUCAACGAAACAGCCAAACAAAUUUAUUGGUUAUGAAGGAUCUGUUUAUGCGGUUGCAAAGACCAAUGUGAUUGUGGAAAUGAUGAUGAGAAAGGCACCAGUUCGGUCAAUCAUAGAAGUUUGGCUUUCUACUGUUUGGACAGUUGAAACUUUAAAUUACUUUAAGAUUGCUGCCAAGAAUGUCUUGCAAUUUGAAAAUGCACCGAAUGACAAACCACCAAACCCUACUAAAAAAGAGCUUCACCCGGAAGUUAGAUCGUUGAUUUCUCACUGGUGUCAGUCAGUUAGCUCGCCGAAAUCCCGGAAAAAUGCACAUGAUCUUUGGGCAAGUACUUUUGAUAAAACAGACAGCAUAUUUGCUAUUGUUCCAAAUCUUGUUGAACCGCGAGAUCGUGUACAAGUCGCGCGUCAUAUCCUUACUGGUGAGUUUCCACUCAUGAAUGACCAACAACCAAAAAAUCUAGUUGCAAGUAUUACGAUGUUUAACUGCAAUGAUGGGAUUUCACCACACUCGGCAAGCGAAUUUAUGCUUCAUAUGAUGCCAGUGAAUGCUAUUCUACCUAAAUAUCAACGUGAAAAUACUAGUUUUUUAGAUGCACUUUGCAAUUUCCUUGAAGAUGCAAUUGCAAAAGUUUGCACUUGGUUAUCACCGCCUAUAGAAAUGAUGGAAAUCUACCUGCAUUUUCAAAUGGUUAGUGAUGAUUCCGAGUUGUUAAAUUCAAUUAAGCAAUUGAAUGCAUCAACAAUGUCUUGGAGUAAUAUUUGCGAUUUUUUUCGUGCACGCGAUUUUCACAAAUUGAUUAAAGCUUGUUCAGGAAGCAAUACGGUUCACGUAAUGUCAUCAAUGAAUUGGGUAACAGAAGUCUUUGGUGGACAUAUCGCAGACUAUGAUGAUAGUAGAGUUCGUCGCAAGAUUUUGAUUGAUGCUCGAAAGAUGAUUCUGGAAUCUGGACCGGCUAUUGAUCCAUCUGGGUAUUUCCGAUAUGACCAGAUUUUUAAGCACCCGCAUAAUAUUUCUAAUGUGUUUUUGGCGAGGAGAGUAAAAGAUAAUUGGCAGAAUCAUUUUUUCAGAGGGCAGGACGUAGAUAAUGUUGAUGUUUCAUUCUCGCAAUAUGCUCAUACACAUCGAGUGCAUGAGCUAUUAAAUAUUUCUUUUAGGUAUAACCACCUUACAUGA